AAGUACGGGAAGGGAAAAAACUGCGACAGAAGCGUUUGUCUUGGCACAUCUGUGGUGAGCUGAAAGGAGAACGAGUGCAGAAGUAGUCCCAGAUGAGCACUGACAGCUGACACCAUCCUCAAUUUCCCUUGAUUUGAUUCAGCCCACGUCUUUCGAUGUCAGUGAGGUGAUAUGUUAACUGGUCUCUGACAGCCAAGACUCUUUGCGUUUUUAGGCUGUUCACACACGUGUGCUGAGCUGAACUUUUCUGAUUCUUCCUUUUCGACAAAAACAAAUGGACAUAUCCUUAACGCCGGGACCGAAAGCUUGACCGCUAAAUGAAUUUCCAGUUUUAUUCUGCACUGAACUGAAAGUGAAUGGCUUCUAGCUCAUAACUUUUUUCUUAUAAGUAUAGAGAAUACUCAGCAGGCCUGACUUACUGUUGCCCUCACUUUUAUUCUUGCUCCUACCAGUUGACGCUGAUGAGACUCUCGUGUUUUGCAUAUUGGUGUUGUUUUACAUUUGUCUUUCUUGGACCUGUUUUUCCUGCUUUGUCCUGUCAGAAGGACCCAUAACUUGUGACCACAGACAGCAUCUCUCCUUUUUGAUUCAUGACAACAUGAAAGUUUACUUUGUUUAUCCCUCACCUCCCAAAGCUGCUAUUUUGAUGCCUCUGUGAACUCAUCCCACCUUUUUUGAACCUGCCAAUAAAAUGAUGAACAAAGACUCUCGCUUUUCAAGGAAGAUGCACAGUAACUUCUCCACCCGCAGACACUCGUGCAUUGGUUUUGAUGUGGAGAAUGGACUGUCAGUGGGGCGCAGCCCCCUGGACCCCCAGGCCAGCCCUGGCUCUGGUCUGGUCUUACAGGCCAACUUUCCUCACAGCCAGCGGCGGGAAUCCUUCCUCUACCGCUCCGACUCUGACUUUGACCUUUCACCCAAAGGUCCUUCCAGAAACUCCUCCACUGCCAGUGACCUGGAAGAAAGCUUGAAGCACUGGGAAGUCAACUGGUUAUCAUCUCGACAUACAGAAGACAUGAUUGUUACACCGUUUGCACAGGUCCUCGCCAGCCUGAGGACAGUGCGAAGUAACUUUGCCGUCAUAACCGGCCAGCAAGAUCGCACAGCCAGCAAGACACGAUCCUCAGGCAGCAACCCACCAUCCAUGUGCAAAACCAGUCUUGCAGAGGAGCCUCACCAGCAGCUGGCCAUUGAGACUCUAGAUGAGCUGGACUGGUGUCUGGAACAACUAGAGACACUGAAAACUCGACACUCUGUCAGCGAGAUGGCGUCCAACAAGUUCAAGAGGAUGUUGAACCGAGAACUCACCCAGCUGUCAGAAACCAGUCGUUCAGGGAACCAGGUGUCUGAGUUCAUCGCUAGCACCUUCCUUGAAAAGCAACAUGACAUGGACAUCAUGUCUCCACCGACCAAGGAGAAGGACAAGAAGAAGCGGCCCAUGUCUCAGAUCAGCGGUGUGAAGAAGGCCACGCACAGCCCCAGCCUCGCUCCGUCCACCAUCCCUCGCUUUGGGGUCAACGCUAGCCAAGAGGGACCCCUAGCCAAGGAGUUGGAGGACAUAAACAGAUGGGGUAUUGACAUCUUCAAGGUCUCCGAGUAUUCUGGGAAUCGGCCACUGACGGUCACUAUGUACACCAUUUUCCAGGAGCGUGAUCUGCUGAAGUCCUUUAAGAUUCCAGCGGACACUUUCAUAACCUUCAUGAUGACCUUGGAGGAUCAUUACCAUGCCGACGUGGCCUACCACAACAACAUCCAUGCUGCAGACGUCGUCCAGUCCACACAUGUCUUACUGUCCACACCUGCCCUGGAGGCUGUGUUUACUGACCUGGAGAUCCUUGCCGCCCUGUUUGCAAGUGCCAUCCAUGAUGUGGAUCACCCUGGAGUUUCCAAUCAGUUUCUCAUCAACACCAAUUCAGAGCUGGCCCUGAUGUACAACGACUCGUCGGUCCUGGAGAAUCACCACCUAGCUGUUGGCUUUAAGCUUCUGCAGGAAGAUAACUGUGACAUCUUUCAGAACCUCAGCAAAAAGCAAAGACAGUCACUGCGAAAAAUGGUCAUUGAUAUGGUGCUGGCCACAGAUAUGUCUAAACACAUGAACCUACUGGCGGACCUGAAAACAAUGGUGGAGACCAAAAAAGUCACAAGUCUGGGAGUCCUGCUGCUGGACAACUACUCAGACCGCAUACAAGUCCUUCAGAACAUGGUGCACUGUGCAGACCUGAGCAACCCAACAAAGCCUCUUGAGCUGUACCGGCAGUGGACAGACCGCAUCAUGGUGGAGUUUUUCACCCAGGGGGACAGGGAGAGAGACAAGGGCAUGGAGAUCAGCCCCAUGUGUGACAAACACAACGCCUCAAUAGAGAAGAACCAGGUGGGUUUCAUUGACUACAUUGUCCAUCCUCUGUGGGAAACGUGGGCCGACCUUGUCCACCCAGAUGCUCAGGAGAUCCUGGACACGCUGGAGGACAACAGAGAGUGGUACCAGAGUAUGAUCCCCCACAGCCCCUCACCACACCCAGAGGACAAGGAGGAGGGCGCCCUCGCCGGAGAGGCCUCAGCACUCAGCGGGGGCUGCAGCUCCAUUUCAGCCGACAAGUUCCAGUUUGAGCUGACUUUGGAAGAAGAAGGAGAGUCUGAUACAGAGAGUCAACCUGAGGAAGAGGAAGGCUUCAGCGGCAGUCGGCAGUCAGAACUCACCAGAACUGACUCUGCUGCUCACAUGCUCACCAAAAAGCUCACUACUGAGUCAGGCAGGACGUUUUCUUUAGACUCUGAUAAAGAUAUGGCGGAAGACAGAGAGACGGAGCAGGAAGGCGUCUCUGGGGUGCCACGCUUCAGACUUGGAAUAUAGCACCAGUCAAAAGUUGUAUUACUUUUGGCCUUUUUUUGUUUAUUUUUCUUGAUUUCGGUGCCUCAUCCUCUCCCACUCCAACCAAACACCACCUCUGGUUUCCGCGGACAGGGUGACAGCAGGCCUCUUGGGUGGGGAGCGCGGGAGUGCUGGUGGGUGUCGGGGUAUGUUCAGAAAGUCUGCAGUUUUACACAGCAGUCACUUGCACUGGAGAAAAACAGACACUGUUCUAAUAGAGGACAAGAAACCAAGUUUCUGAGCGGUCCUUUGUGUUCUUUGUCUUUCAGUAAGACAUACUGUGGAUGAAGUUCUGCAGAGACAAUGAGAAGUUAGAAAAUAAACUUCCCUUUUACCAGCCAACCCAAGGUCUACUACAACAAACUGUCUUCCUCUUUUGUGAAGAAAGUGAGGAAGUGACGAAUGAGCGUGAAAACACGACGUCUUUUAAGACAUAUUGCCAAACUUGCGAUUUACAGGGACAAUGCUGUUUUGCCUGCCUUUUUAGUUUUUUCUGUUGUCUUUCAUUUAGGUCCAUAUGCAGUGAAUGAAGAUACAGUAAAUAGCAGACUUAAGAGCAGUGAAAGCAAAGUUAUGGCAGAAAGGAGCUAUGCAUGAUAUUAUGCAGAAAACAUUCAAUGUAGCAGACAGUUUGAGUGACUAUCAUUAUUAUUGUAGCACUCCUUUCAGCUGGAGUUGCACAGCCCGUUUAACUGUGUUCAGCAAGCAGUAGUUUUGGAAGAAUAUGAUUAUAAUGAAGUGGCUGGCAGUAUAUAUUAUUUUGAGUUUUUAGGCUUACUAUUUCCAUUUUUAUAAUCUUGAACUAUGAUAUUGUCAGCGACGAAACUGAGCCAGGGUCAGUGGAGUGUUAUACAGAGAGGGAGAUGCAUCCAAAGUAAUGUGGGAUGUGCACGUGGUGCCUCCCAGUGUUGACAAGUGGAACUGAAGUUCUGGCAUUUGAGACAAAAGAUUUGCAAGGUUUUGCAUAGGCCUGUAUGAAAAAUACAUUCAAAACAUAUUUAACUGUAGGACUGCCCAAAAUAUCAGUUAUAUUUCUGUUUUGUUGCUCUCUGUUUGUUUAUUUUUUUUCAUCUUAAAGUCACUAAUUCUUGCAUUCUUAAUAUUUGGCACCCAUUUUAUCAGUUUGCCUUCAAGUUUAGCACUUUAUAGUUUAGUUCCUGGCGAGUCCUCAUUGUAGUUUUUAAGGGCUUGUGCCAAAACAUAAACACAUUGACUGCAAAACAGUUUGUCAAUGAUUGUCAAGCAACCAGCACAACAUCAUGCAAAACUAAACUCUGCAGCAGAGCCACAGAUGCAUUUUAGCAUCCAUUUAAAUCCUGUCACACACAGCAUCUACCAACUGGUUUUGGUAACAUACACUUGCAUAAUUUACUAGACUGAUAAGGACAAUGUGUUCAAAGCAUAGGGGUUACAAAGAAGGACACUAGCAUCAUUGUAACAGUAAAAAGAAAAAGGAAAAAAAAAUCCAGGAGACAGUUUCAUGUGCCAGAAUUUUUUUUCAUCUUUUUUUCUCUCAUUAAUCAAUACUUUGCUCUUCACAGGGACAUAGUCAAUGACAAAACAAGUGCCAAGCAAGCAUGACACAACCCGUACUGUAAUUUCCAUUUUGCCACUGGCUACUUUCCAUCAGUGACUGAUAAAGUUGGUUGAUUGUAGCACCCUGUGUGCCAAUCUGACCCGAGUGUCUCUGCUCCUUUUUUUAUCUAACUCCUGUUUAAACAGUAACUGAAACUGAUAUUGUCUUAAAACAGUGAUGUUGUGUUUUUUUGUGCGUGAGUGAAUGAGUGGGUUUUGAUGUAUUUGCUAAGAAAAAAACCAAAGCACUUUGUAUGGUACUUUUACAGUUCUGCACUUCCAGUACAGUUGAACAUGUAUAACGUGACUGUUUCACUGUUUUUCUGUUGGCAAACGGCCUGGUGGUUUAGUUGAAUUGCUCUUAAAGGUCGGCUGUUGGAGGGACUGAAGUUAUUUUUUUUGUUCUUUUUAUAAUUGACUGUACAAAAAAAAAGUGUUUUAUUGAAAUGCAUGACAUCGGAUGCAGGAUUUUAAGAUUAUAUAGAGAACUUACAAAACUUAGCCUGUGGAGAAGCCUGUUUUAUUUUAUUUCCAUGAAACAGAGUAAAUCAUGUUUGAAUGUGUGAACGAAAAGGUUUUUUUUUUUGUGACGCCUUAUUUUCAAACUUGGGAUUUUAUUUUCUGGUCAUAGAUGUGUCCACUGACAUGCUGGAGUAAAACAUGUGCAAUCCUUUCUGUAGCCAUAAACAGCACGAAACAGACCAACACUCAAGGAUGCCUUCAACACUAAAGACAUUUAACAACAGCUCAACCAGCACAACAUGCUAAGAUUCAGUCUGUCUCUCUGCGUUUCACUAAUUUGUUUGAUUUUGUACAUUUUCCUCACAGUGCUUCAUGUACAGUUUAUUUAUUAUUUCUAUAUUAUCUGUCAGAAACGAUGGAACAGUAGACUUUUUUUUAGUCUGAGGUUUAGUACUUAUGAGUAGCUUGGUGUGUGAGAAAGUCACACAGGACAGAUUUCAACUAUUACUCAGCUUUUUCCCCCCUUUUUUCAUUUAUUUUUGUCUGCAAAUAACAUUAUACAUAAGCAAAAAUACUCUCUUUCAUGUUUUUCUUGGUAUAAAAAUAGUUUAGUGACAGAUUUCCGUCUAAAACAUCUCUCAUCUCCUGUCUUGCUCUGUUUCCACAGAUCCAGUCAGAUCACAUAUUCAUGAAGGGUCUUACAGUAAGUGUCCUGAUCUGAGACUUCUUUGAUUCAUAGGGAAGAUUAUAUAGUCACAUAGCCUCAAGUCAUCCUCGAUCAGUGUUUCUGUUCUUAGAGAUUUUAUGAAUAUGGGUCAUAGACUAAGACUCUGCAGCUUUGACAAUCCAAACUCUGCUGUUUAACUGCGGGUGUGUUUGCCCUCUCUCCAACUAGAACUGUAUGCCUUGCCAAUAAAGAAAAAACUCUUCACUCUU